AUGGCGAAGCAGGGGUGCCUGUGGGGGUGUCUGGAGUUGUCUCACUGUGUCGGGACCAACUCGCUGGGUCCCGCUGGGCCUUGGAGGUCGGGGGGGCCCUGCAAGGUGAAGAGAGUCCGCACAGUCUUCAAACCAGAGCAGCUGGAGAGGCUGGAGCAGGAGUUCCUCAAGCAGCAGUACAUGGUGGGCACGGAGAGGGUGGACCUGGCUGCAACCCUGCAUCUCACAGAGACCCAGGUCAAAGUCUGGUUCCAGAACAGGAGGAUCAAGUGGAGGAAGCAGAGCAUGGAGCAGAAGGCAGCAAAGCUGUCUCAGUUUGGGGUGAUCCAGCCUGCCAGCGCCGACUCCACGGACAGCAAGGAGCACAAGGAGGACACUGUGGACGUGGAGCUUUGA